AUGCUGGCUACCAUAAGCAGUGAAAGCAAAAGAGCGGCUUCCCUGACAGCCACCAGCUUAGUGCAAAGCAUUUUGAAACAACGGGAUAAGGUCGUCGUAAAGACUGGAGGGAAUAGCAGUGGAAAACAGCAUGGCCUGGUGGAAGAGAUUGCCCAAUCGGCGGCGGCAGGUAUCGGUACCAUCUCUGAAGCCUUACAUCACAGAAAAGAGAAGAAGUCCAGAGCACUGAAUUCAGACAAGCCCUCAAGUCAGCCAGGCAGUAUCAGCAGUACGGAGUCUACACCGAUACAGCUCGACGAAGGAACGGGAAAAGCGAACACCACUGACCUUGGAGCAGCAACUCACAUGUCGACUUCGCCAUCUUCUCAAGACACAAACAAUCUUGCAUCAGCUUUCCUCAAGCGACACCCGCUGAAGAUUACUGGAAUGCUUGAGGCCGGGCAGAGACUCUCUCUGCCGGUGCUUGUGCCCCAGAGACGGCCCGAAAAGCGAGCGCGGGGGUUCAUACGAGCCUACGCACCCAUGCUAGUCGACGUUGAUAUCAAUGAAGAUACUUUCCUCGACUUCAUCGAUACCCUCAAUAAGUCAUUGGAACCCAAUCCUUGGAUCAAUGCCGUCAAUUUGGCGGGCUUUGCAGGAGAAGCGCUGCCAGAUCCUGCAUCGCUGCUCUUUGGAUUCGCCGUCGAGGCUGCCACCGAGGCUGUCAUGGAGGGUCAAAGCCUGUUCUGCUCCAACAAGUUCUUGAACUGCGUCAAUGCAGACUUCUUCAUUCCACGAGGGUUGGUAUGCCUCGUUGUUACAUGGCAGCCCGACAAUGACUGCGGCCAAUUCGCAACCAAUUUUGUGGAGGAGGUGGAUGCACUACAAACCAAGCCUGAUUUAAAGCAGGAAAUCUUAGAUAUUGCUGCAGGGAAGAAGAAGCCUUCAGAGGGCUGGCAAGAGUUGAAGACACAGAUGGGUGACUUGAUGAAGCCCAGUCGUGGCGACUUCAGCUGGCCUGAGCCGGCGCCUCUUAUCUUCCCGGACCUCAAGAGCACUCCCAAAAUGGCUGACGUUGAAGCUAAAAAGAAGAACGCUUGGGACAGAAUGGAAGAUUGGAUCAACGACUACUCAGACAAACGCGCUCAAGCUAGCUGGGUCGACGAGAACAAGAAUCGCCCAAUGAUCGGAUUGAUGCCACGGCCAGAGUUCAAGUCACGAUACGCUAAUCCUACUCAUCAAGCAUCUAGUGGUGACCUUUUCUCUUUGGUUACAGGAGGUCGCUGGAAACUUGCUACAGACAGAGAAGGCGAACCUAGCAAGUGGCCAGAGAAGACCAUUAACGAGGACUGGGAUGUCUUCAAAAGUCUUUUCCAAAAGAACGUACUCUACCUGGCCAUCCUGAACUUACCCCCGCCCCCCACCUCCCUGCGCGUGCGGGGAGAAGUGGCCUAG